AUGGCGGUGCAGAACGCGCUCGGCGACGCGGCGCGCGGCGCCACGUGGGUGGCGCUGCACAACGGCGGCGGCGUCGGGUGGGGCGAGGUGAUCAACGGCGGCUUCGGGCUCGUGCUCGACGGCACGGCGGACGCGGGGCGGCGCGCCGAGUCGAUGCUGUCGUGGGACGUGUCCAACGGCCUCGCGCGCCGCUCGUGGGCGGGCAACGCCAACGCGCAGCUCACCAUCCGGGAGGAGAUGCAGCGGCAGGACGGAGAUGGGGAGCGGCCGUCCAGCUUCCCCGCCCGGUCCAUCACCGCCGAUUCGGACGAGCGGCUGCUGAGCAUGCUGCUCCGCUGGACGGGUAGCCUCGCGCCGAAGCUCCACGCCUCGCUCUCGGCGGCGUUCACCACCCUCCUCAAGUGA